GACUGUGGAGAGAGAUCUGAAUGAAGCCAUGAUCUGCAUGAGCUCUUAGAUUUUCUUCUUUGUUCGCUAUUUUGAGAAAAGAAAUAGACCGAAAAUCUACAAAAUCUAGAAGAAUACCACAUACAGACGUGAAAUAUGAUGAAAAGAACUCUGAAAAUAUAGUAUUUUCAUUUUUAAACACAAAUAAUCAACGCAGAGGAUCAGAAGAUCAGACUUCUAGCAACAGGCCUGCUGGAAAAUUGGAGGGAAAGUUUAAAACAGGGAAAGAACCACCUAUACUCAGAGGGAGAAGCAAGAGAAUCAGCCAAUCAGAGCAGCAGCUGCAAUCAGCCCACUGCCAUAUGCAAAUGAGCUCCCCCCUCACCACCAUACAGUACCCCUCUGAGGUGAAAUCCGACACCGCAAGGAAAACCUACAAGCAGAAACUUCUGACAAACAAUCCAGAGACCCUGUUUGCAGAUCUGUUCAAAACUGGAGAAGUCUGCAACCUCAUUUUCUUCUCCGAUCACCCCAGCGCCUGGCAUAAAGCCAUCAUCAACCAUUACCCCUCUGUAAAGAAAGAAGGCAUCUAUAAUGGCUGGAAAGUCAAAAUCAGAGAACCGCAUGACCCUGACAGCACAGUGAUGACCGUCAACAUCUACAAAAAUGGUACAGUCAUGAUACAGGGCGACCUGAAAACAUUCCAGGCGGACUACAGAACAAUAGGUGAAAUCGUGAAACAUGAGAAAGCUGUACUAUCUGAAAGCUCGUCAUCUGAGCAGAAUCCACCGAUCAGCACCUCAGACCUCAGACCCACUCCUGCAGAAGCUGAGCACAUCUCGCCCUCCCUGCUCAGAGCUAUCCCUCUCCUACAGGAGCACUUCACCAAGCUAGAGAUGGAGAUGGUGCAGCUCAGAGAAACUGUGCUCAAACAGCAGCAGUUGGACACAUGUGCAGCUCACAAUGAACUCCAGCGGAACACCGAGCUCUUAACUCAGAGACUGUCAGCCCUCACACAGCAGACCAGGAAGCUUCAGACAGAGAAGGACAGCCAUCAGUGUGAGCUGACCGCCCUGAGACUCCAGCUAGAGGACAGAGAGCAGUCCACAGCAGAGAUGAGGCAGCAGCUGAGAGAGAUCCAGGAGGAGAGAGAGCAGCAGCACAGCCAGAUCCAGGCCCUGAGAGAGCAGGUGAGAGAGCUCCUCCUGGCCAGAGAAGAGCCAGAGCAGACCCACAGAGCUCAAACACUGCCCUCCAGCCCAGGGAGUCAACACCCAGCCCUCAGCGCAGAGAGACCCGACCCAGCCCGCUCGCAGCUGUCACAGCGCCCCCUGCCAGACUCCUCGUCUCACAGCAGCCCAGCACCAGCCAGCACAGAGGAACCCGAAAUAGCUCUACUCAUCGAUUCAAACGGCAAAUUCAUCGAUGUAAAGAAACUGUUCCCCCAGCACAGAGCUGUUAAACUCUGGUGUCCCACCACUGACAAAGCCCUGGAGCUCCUGACAGAGUCCCAGCUAGGCCGGCCCAGCCACAUCAUCAUCCACACGGGCACCAACGACCUGUGGAGCCAGCAGGACCGAGUGUCGAACUCCCUCAGAGCCGUCGUGGAUAAAGCUAGAGAAACCUUCCCCAACUCCAAAAUCAUCCUGUCCACUUUACUUCAGAGGAAAGAUUUCCAUCCCAACACAAUUAAUAAAAUAAACUCCAGAAUCUCUAGACAUUGUGCCCUCCUGCCCAACGUCCACUUGGCCCACCAUCCAGACCUGGACACUGAAUGUCUAUAUGACCACGUCCACCUUUAUAAGAACCUGGUACAUAUCCUCGCAAAGAGACUCAAAGAUGUCACUCUAUACAGGACCAACCAGACCAGCCCCAGGUGGAGCAGAACCAGCCCUAACCCAGCCAAUCCAUCGAGACACACUCCAGCAAACUACAUCCCAGUCCACAGCUCAUCUAGAGCCCCGACCGGAGCACCACCCAGAGGUCCACUGCCCGGAGCUCCAGCACCCAGACAGGACCCCUACAGACAGAGACCGCUCAACAACAGCCCCACAGCUCCAGCAGCUGAAGCCCGUCCACAGCAGAGCCCGACCCAGCCAGGCAGACUGAGCUACGCCCAAGCUGUCAGCGGAGGAGCAGACCACCCUAACGCUGAACUCCACAACAUCCAACACAUGCUGAGUAUCAUCUGCUCGCACCUACUAACACACAGUGGACAGUGGUAAAAAAAAAAAAAAAAAAAAAAA